AGACGUAAAAUGGAACGUUUUUCUUCUAGAACUCGUAGGUGUCAUGACAGGAAGAACGAGUGGUUCCACAAAGUAAUUCUGUUCCGUGGACGUUCCACAUCAGCACAGAUCCACACUCGAGACGUCUUUGUGAGACCGCAGCAGAAAUGGGUGAAAGAGGAGACGGACGUCACAGCGGCAGAAACUGGCCUCAAGCCAUCGUUCACUGGGUUUGCAGAGGAGAUCAGCUCCACAUCGCCGUGAUCAAUUUUCUUUUCAAUUACGCACAAAGGCGCCGCGGCUUGGCGGGCGUUUUGGACUUGAACGAACCCGAGGACGAAGAUGUAGACGAUAACGACGACGAAAUCGAGGACAACGGCGACCGGCAAGGCGAAAACCAGGAGGAGGAGAACCACGGAAACAUUGCCCACGAGGACGACGAUGACAAAACUCUCAACCACGACAACGGCGCCACGAAGGGCGACGAUGGCGUCCACGUCGUCGACAGCAGCGAGGACGGAGAAGUGGCUGGUUGCAGUGCUUGGUUUGAGGUGGGAGUCAAGGAGGGGGAUGAAGAAGACCCCCCGCCCGGAGCGCCGAGGAAGAGUUCGACGGAGGACGACCGAGAAGAGGACCUUGGCGAGAGACCGCGGAAGGAUUUUGGCGAAAGCAGCAACGACACAGACGGCGCCGGUUUCAGCCGAGAAACUGGAAAUGGUCAAAUGAAACAUGGCGAAGCUCCUCUGCCGGGUCCAUCCAGGAGAAAGACCAACAGAGAAGAAGAUGAGAGAAGCAAUAAGUCAAGAGGGUGUGAUGAGUUUUCAGGGAACGACUCUGAGGAAGAGAAUAAAACAAAGAGCUAAAUAUUCAAACGUAUAGAUGAGACACCAGCGAAGAAGACAGAUGCUCACAUUAAGAUAUUAAGUAUUUCACUUCAUACGUACAUAUACUGUACAUCUAUAUGAAUAUAUAUAUAUAUAUAUAUAUAUAUAGAGAUGCUAAUAUCAAUAAAAACAGGUUAAGAAACAUUACUCCCAAUAAAGAAUGAGAUACGUCUAUUUUCUUUACAGAGAGGCAUCGCCAUUCCUGUAUCCAGAGGCAGUGCGUUACACAAUUAAAAUCUGAAAGCUGUACUAUUAAAAAAGAAAAGCAACGGAGGCCCUUUGUGGGAACAUAAAAUGAAGCUCUUGGAUGCAGGAAACCACAAGGUCAUUUAAAGCGUCAUGAACACGCACAUACAUUUAUAACCAAUUCUAAAACGCCAUCGUGUGGCAUUAAACAAAAAUAGUCAAAACACCCCCAAUCAACAGAUCAGCUAACUUCCUGGUUACCAAUUAUCCCAAAGUCGAAUAUUUACCCCAAUAGGUCUGCAAAUACACACGCAGGGUACGUGAGGAAGCGGCCUCUUACAGAACAGACGGUUAAACCCACUCAGUCGCCUCGUGUGUGGAAUAGUUCAUCUGGAUGUGUAGGUCGACGGCGGAAAGCCACGGUGUGAAGGACAAUCUCUCAGCGGUGUUUGGUGUACGUCCGCAUGGUGACCCUCGGCACGGUGGAGGUCCCACUGACGGACAGCGAUCUUUAGACGCGGGGGACUUUGCACGCGGCCCCGUGCAGCUGGGCGGCAGCGCGAGUCGUGACAGGUCAUGUCUCCGAGGUGUCAGCGAGCAUCCGUCCCGCCGAGCGACACACGGCGGUUCUUUGCGUCUCGCGCCCUGCGGUUUCGUGGACCUGCGAUCUGCUCAGCAGUCGGACGGGCCCUGAAGCGCUUCCCCCUCCUCCACAGGGUGGGGCGGUUUUCCCCGCAUCGGACUCAAACAGUUGCCCCCAAAGCCCAUCUGGUGAUUGACGCCAGCAGCUGGUGGAUCCCCACGCCGGACAGUGAUUCCCCGUGGCCGAUGCACGCGGCCCGUCUUCGUCAACGGGCGAUUACCAUCAAAGAGGAGGCAUCGCCCGGGGAGGGGGGGGGCGUUGAGGUCGCCUGUAGCCUGUUUGUCACAUGAGUCGUCAGGGGCUAUAAAGGCUGAUGGAGCCAAAGAGAGGCGCCGCGGUGCAAUCAGAACAAAUGGCCCGCGUGCAGACAUGCCUCGGUGAACUUUGGCGUGUCUGCAGUUUCAUACUUUGUCACUAUAUCGCUGUUGUUGUGAGGGACCUCGCUGCUGCGAGCAUGGGUUUGUUUGCGUGUUAGUGCUCCAGAGGAUAAAGCAGCUGGUGGACAGAAAUAGAAAGCUUUAUUAAUCCUUUCCAGAGUGCAAGGAACUCACACAUGAACGACGAAAUAACACACAAAUGACAUCCGAGAGAUUUAAGGGUUCAUUAAAAAAAAAUCCAACUCGUACCUUCAGAAGAACACUGAGGCGUCCUGAGCUGCUCACUCAGUGAGCUUCUGUCCAGCAGCAACACAGUGUGAUGGAUUCAGAAUAAAUUAAUUCACUGUCUUGGCCGACUUGGCUGUCCAUCGAUCCGUAAGUGUCCUGGGGAAACCACCUCUUCUUUCCGUCUGAAAUCAACAACCAGCAUCCAACAUUCGAUUUUAGGGCAUUUUCAUCACGCCAGCUGAGAAAAUAUUCAACCUCACGUUUAUGAGGCCACGUCAUUGACCAAGUGGGGCCGUGUCAUCUGAAAGCUUUGAGAUUUUUAUGGGUCACCUGCUGUUGUCAACAGUGCGAAGUAAGAAUAAAAAGGGAUUUAAAAUCG